GCUGAGAGGCUGUUCGCAGAGCGGGUUGAAGAUGAAUGCCAGAGGACUUGGAUCUCAGCUAAAGGACAGUAUUCCUGUUACUGAACUUUCAGCAAGUGGACCUUUUGAAAGUCAUGAUCUUCUUCGAAAAGGUUUUUCUUGUGUGAAAAAUGAACUCUUGCCCAGUCAUCCUCUUGAAUUAUCAGAAAAAAAUUUCCAGCUCAACCAAGAUAAAAUGAAUUUUUCCACACUGAGAAACAUCCAGGGUCUGUUUGCUCCACUCAAGUUGCAAAUGGAAUUCAAGGCGGUGCAGCAGCACAUCGUACUGCAAGUUGGAGAGGGAGGUGGUGGUACCCGGUUCUCAGAUGAGGAAACAGGUUCAGCGUCUUCCAUUUCUUCCAAGCUCAAACCUUUCACUGGAUAUUUUGAGGGGUAAUGAUGAGACUAUUGGAUUUGAAGAUAUUCUUAAUGACCCGUCACAAAGUGAACUAAUGGGAGAACCACACUUGAUGGUGGAAUAUAAACUCGGUUUACUGUAAUGCAGUAUGCUGUCCGUGAAAACAGAGGGGCUACAUCUUGUUUAUAGUCGUCUUUUUACUAUAAUUUUAUGUACACAACACAUGAGGAUUGUUGCCUAAAUAAUAUCUGAUCAUUUGAAAGUAUUUGGUUCUUCGGUUUAUGGCCAUGCGACAGUUGAAAACACUAGAGAUGAUUUUAAAACUCCUGGUUUAUAUUAAAACAAUAACCUAUGUCUUUAAAAAAUUGUUUUGAAUGAAUAUUAUAAAAUCGUCUUCAGGUUCC